AUGAGUUGUGGGACUCCUGUAGCUGUAAAGACCAGGGCUUUCUUUGGGCAGGGUUCAGGACCUGUGUGGCUGGAUGAUGCGAGAUGUUCUGGGAAUGAGUCAACAGUGAAAAAUUGUCCAUCAAAGCAAAUAGGAACAAGCACCUGCAAUCAUGGACAAGAUGCUGGAGUCGUCUGCAACCCUCCUGUUAGGUUGGUGAAUGGCAGUAAUUCAUGUUCUGGACGAGUGGAGGUUCUUCAUAAUGAUCAAUGGGGAACAGUGGCUUCAAAUGGGUGGGACUCUACUGAUGCUGCAGUGGUGUGUAGAGAGGUCGGAUGUCCAACCAGUGAAGUGAAAAGCUAUGCCUACUAUGGACCUGAUGUUAGACUGGCAAAUGGUCCUAAUCAGUGUUCUGGAAGAGUGGAGGUUUUAUAUAAUGAUCAGUGGGGAACUGUCUGUGAUGCUGGCUGGGAUUUAACAGAUGCUGCUGUGGUGUGUAAUAGCAUGGGUUGUGGGACUCCUGUGGCAGUAAAGACCGGAGCUUUCUUUGGGCAGGGUUCAGGAUCCGUGUGGCUGGAUGGUCUGAGUUGUUCUGGGAAUGAGUCAUCAGUGAAAAAUUGUCCAUCAAAGCAAAUGGGAACAAACACCUGUAGCCAUGAACAAGAUGCUGGAGUCAUCUGUAACUCUUCUGUUAGGUUGGUGAAUGGCAGUAAUUCAUGUUCUGGGCGAGUGGAGGUUCUUCAUAACGGAACAUGGGGAACAGUGGCUUCAGCUGGGUGGAACCCUACUGAUGGUGCAGUGGUGUGUAAAGAGGUUGGAUGUCCGGUUGGUGCUGAAGUGAAACAAUUUGCCUACUUUGGACCUGGUGUGGGAACAAUAUGGAUGAAUGUAGUUUCUUGUUAUGGGACUGAAUUGUCACUAAAGGACUGCAGAAAUCGUGGAUGGACACACAGCUCUGAUCAUUCAUAUGAUUCUGGAGUCAUCUGCCGAGGUAGGCCAGCCACAGCAUUUGCUAGUCUUUGCUCAACCCUUCAAUUGACUAAAUGGGAUCUUGAUGAUUGCAUACAAAAUGGCCCUGUAUAAAGCCAAGAAACUACUCACACAACCAUACUAUCCAAAUAUUUUAGAACGUGGAAGUAAUGUGACAUAUUUUCUUUUUCUGUGCAAGACUUACAUUUCAAUAGCCAGUCAGUAUAAAACAAUGUCAUGGGAGCACACAUAAAACAUGAUUAAAAACAGUUAUUGUAAAUAUUAACUGCACCUGGCAUGUAUAACCCAUUGAGGGGAUAAAAUGAAGAAGUGGCCUGAUACAUCAUAUAAAGAUAUAUUUAAUUAUUUUGUGUUUUUGCUCGGAGUUGACAGGUCUUCGAUGCAUAACUAUAAAAGCACAAAGGCAUACGAGUACCUGUACAGUGGGAAAGUCAGUCAAGCGUUUUUUACCUUUUUAUGCGUAAAUGUCCCAACUUUUCUUUUUUAUGUGGAAAUUGUCUUCAAAUCUGUCAGAAUUAUAAACUGUUAUGAGAGUGUUGGAUAUUUUACCGCAGUAUC